AUGAAAUACUCGCUCACUCUCGUGGCGUUCUCUUUAUUGGUCGCUUGUUCAAAUGCCGCCCAAGUGACUUUCAAGGUCAUUGCUCCCGGUGCCACUCAGGCCCAGGUGUCCGUGAACGGUCAAACCAUCGAUUUGACUGCUAAGGAACCUGAUGUCCCAUACUUCACCGGUACCGCAGAAGUAGGCGAUCAAGCCAAAUACAAGUACGUUGUUGGUGGCACUGCUGAAGCAUUUGAACGUACCCUCGAAAAGGGCCGUACCAGCACUCGCAACGAUUUCUUUGACCGUCCCGUCACCUACGCUAAUAUCCCUCAAUUACCCAACCCCAUCAAGGAUAACCCAUGGACCCGUGGUGAUGGUCCACAACCUCUUUUCGACAGCAACUAUAUUCCCACUGUCUUCGUCAAUGGUGACGCCGCUCAGAUUGAUAACCUCGUCAAGAAUGUUCCUGGCGAUUUGCUCAACGUCAAACUUACCUUCAUUGGUCCCGAAGAAGUUAAUACCUUCAAUGGUGUUUCCUUUGGUAUUCAUGGUGCAGGCAAGAAGAAGAACAAUGCCAAACAAUCAUGGAAGUGGAUUCUUCCCGACGGCCAAUUCUUCGCUAACCGCAACUACUUCAAAAUCCGUCACAUGGAAGAAGAUCCUACCCAGCUUCGUGAAAAGCUCUAUGCUGAUAUCCUCCAAGCUUUGAAUACCUAUGGCAACCGAGCCAACAUGAUCCGUUUCUUCAUCAAUGGUCAAGCUUACGGUACCUUCAACUUGCUCGAUGACGUCCCAGAAUACUCUUACAUCCGUGCCAUGUUCUACGGUGGCAACCCUCCUGAAAAGAUGGGUCCUCUUUAUGACGGUGCUUCCGGUGCCGAUUUCGCUUACCAUCCCAAUGUUGAUGGUUACAGCUCUUUCGAAGCCAACAAGCUCAGCCCUGCUGAUUAUAGCGCUCUUGAUCCUCUGUGCAAGGCCUUCAAUGAGACUAAUGUCCAGGAUGAUGCUGCUUUGGCCAACUGGGGCAAGACCUUCGAUAUUGACCAAUACCUUCGUUUCAUGGUCAUGGAAUACUUGACCGGCCACUGGGACGGUUACUGGAUGGCCCAGACCAACGACGGUGCCUAUCAAGAUCCGAAAGAUGGCAAGUGGUAUUACCUUGGUCAAGAUUACGACGCUACUUUCGGUGUCAACAUUGCCGAACCCGAAGGCAGAGAAUUCGUCAAGGUCUCCUACACUCAAUUCCCUCAGCGUUACCCUGGUGCUGUCUUGAUCAACCGCUUGCUCGAAAACGCAAAGACCAAGGCUACUUUCGAAACUUAUCUCAAGGAUACCGUCCAGGUCCUUUUCAACAACGUCACAUUGACCAACCGUGUGCUCGCUUACCACGACUUCAUUUUGCCUGACCUCAAGUGGGAUCGCAGCAUCACCCAGCGAUCGCCUGGUAUCAACUUUGGCUGGACCUUUGACCAGGUCACCCAGAACUUGUGGCAAGGCGUUUCCGCUCCCAAUGCCAAUGGUGGCGGUGCUGACUGGGGUUUGAUCGAAUGGAUCGCUGCCAAGUCGCAAGCCGUCGCUGCUGAAUUCAAGAUCACCAUCACUGACAAGGUCGUCGGUCCUGCCAACCCUACCAACAACAGCACUCAGCCCAACCAAUCCAAGCCUGCCGAUAAUGGUGCAAAGCCUGCAGGUCCAGCUUCCAAUGCCGCCGCAGAGGCCCAGGGACAACACAAAGGUGCUGCUAACAAUGUCGCACCUCAACUUGCUUCCAUUGUCGUGCUUGCUGCUGCAGCUGCUGCGUUGUUGUAA